UUCUGCGAGCGCCUUUCUGAAGUGCCAACGAAGUCUCGUUUCGAAGCUGAGUUUCUAGUAGUUUCUCAAGCUCCCAGUCGCAGUGAGGGACAGUGUAACUUGGCGAACCCUGCAAAGCAAGGAUGGCGCUAUGGAUGGAAAAGGGUUCUGAGCCCUUGACCGAAAGAGAGAAAGCAGACCUUGAUGCUAUUGCUGCUCUGAAAGAGUCCGCUGCUAUCGAACUCAAGGAAAAGGGCAAUCAAUAUGUCAAAAUGGGUAAAAAACAUUAUUCUGAUGCUAUUGAUUGUUACACAAGGGCAAUAAAUCAGCAAGUCUUGAGCGACUCAGAGAACUCAGUUCUUUUGGCAAAUAGAGCACAUGUAAAUUUGCUGCUAGGAAAUUAUAGACGUGCUCUAACGGAUGCGGAGGAGGCAAUUAAGUCGUGCCCCUCAAAUAUAAAGGCAAUUUAUAGAGCUGCCAAAGCAUCUCUUUCAUUAAAUUUGUUGGCUGAAGCUCAAUCUCACUGUCGAAACGGCCUUCAGUUGGACCCAAAUAAUGAAGAAUUGAAGAAGCUUGGCGAACAGGUUGAUCUAAAGAAAGCAGAAGAGGACAAGCGUGAAGCUGAAGUCUCCAAAGCUGUUGCAGGGGCAAAGGAACUUGUGUCGGCAAUAGAAAGUAGAAGCUUGAAGAUUGGGAAGGCAAUGUUUCAAGAGCUUACCGGACUUAAAAAACCGGUAUUAGACAAAAAUAAUAUUCUUCAUUGGCCUGUUCUUCUCCUGUAUGCAGAGGUUAUGUCUAGUGACUUCAUUGAAGAUUUCUGUGAGACUGACAUGUUUUCAGCUCAUCUUGAUAUGAUGUUUGCAGAAGAUCAGCCUUUGCCAUGGGAUGAUCAAAACAAUUACAAACGUGAAUUCAUUGAAUUAUACUAUGAGGCUGGUUCUGGAGUUUGUCUCUCAAAGGCAAAACUUCUUCAUUGUUUAUUAGAGGGAACUGCAGCAUCUCAGCAUGAAAGUUUCGGCGAUGAAGAGAAAGAUGCAGCUCAUGGUACUAACCAUGUCAACACAGGCGCUCCUAAAUGGGUCAAAGUAAAUGAAAUGACGACGCUCCAUGAUGUUCUGAAGGACCCCAAUUUUAUUAUCCCUGGCAUCCCAGUAUUCUAUGUUGUUUCAAAGCGAUCCAGCUUUUAUGGCAAGUUCAAAGCUGGAAAAUGGGCUCCCCCAAGCGUAUGAAGAGACGGCAACAAGCGUUUAUUGGAGAAAGCGAAUGUCUCUAGAGACUCUAGUUGAGUCUAACUAAGCUCCCAUAUUUGUCGAUGUUGUUAUUGUCCUCUCACAUCUGACACAAUUGGUUGCAUCCCACCUUUGAAGGCACACAAGGUAGUUGCUCAUGAAGUCACCAGCUAAUAUUACACAGUGCUUUGGAAAAAAGGACUGAAAUUUGCGCCUGUUUUGUGAGUGAGGAUUUUAGGCCAUCUUAGUAACAUAAAAUCUGGGACAGACCACCAGUUUCAGUGUAUCAUAUUCUUUACUCUUUCUAUGACAAUUUAUCAGUCGAUUUACUAGCUAA